GGUGCUGAAGCUGGGGCUCCAGCUGAAGCUCAAACUGGAGAUGUCAACCCAAUGCUUGCUCCGUCGCAUUGGGAGAACACCGGCCCAGCAGACAAUGAAGCAGACGACGCCGACUCCUCGCUAGGCCAAGACACCGGCAGCUCUACCGCCUCUAUCAGCUCCAGCAUCAUCCAGUACCGAGUCAUCAACGGCCGCACAUACCACGCCGAUCGCGGCGAUACACAAUAUUGGGCCUCCAACGACGUUCAAGCCAGCGAAGCCCUCGAUAUCAUCCACCACACGUCGACCCUCGUGAUCGACGGCAAGCUCUACCUCGCGCCGCUGGACAAGGGAAAUGUGAACAAGGUUCUCGACGUUGGCACCGGAACGGGAAUUUGGGCCAUGGAUUUUGGCGAUGAGUUCCCAGAGGCGGAGGUUGUGGGUACGGAUAUCUCGCCUAUCCAGCCGACGUGGGUGCCGCCGAACGUCAAGUUUGAGAUUGAGGACUUCACCUUGGAUUGGACGUUUCCCGAUGACUCGUUUGACUUUGUGCAUAUGCGGUUCCUCUAUGGAAGUGUCCCGGAUUGGUAUCAGCUAUAUGAACGAGCUUAUCGCGUGACCAAGCCUGGAGGAUGGAUUGAGACACAUGAAGGUGAUCCCAUGGGUCAGAGUGACGAUGGCACACUCAAGCCGGGCAGUGCCAUUGGGGAAUGGGGCAAGUUCUUCUACGAGGGUAGCAAGAAGCUAGGGCGCAUCUUUUCGCCCAUCCCAGAGAGUCUGCAAGAAAAGGGUCUCAAGGCAGCUGGCUUCGUCGACAUUGAGACCAAGACGAUCAAGGUUCCGGUCGGAGACUGGCCCAAGGAUGAGAAGCAAAAGGAGAUUGGAAGGUUCACCAACCUCGGCAUCGAGACUGACGUUGAAGGUCAUAUUACCUUUAUGGCUAAUCUGCUUGAUGGUUGGACGCGCGAGCAGGUCAUUCUCUACUGCGCUCAGCUGCGUCGUGAGCUGAGGGCUAAGAAGACACAUGCGUAUUACCUCCAGAGGAUUGUAUGGGGACGGAAGCCC